GCGUGGUUUAGUCCGAGCAGUUGGAGACUCCGCCACGAUGGCAAUCAAGCACCUCCCGACGCCAGCUCGACUUGCGUCGAUCCCAUACCUUGCCACGUCAGACUCGACGGAGCUUGUCCGAGCCUCCAAAGUGUGUCAACCGACACUGUUCACCAACAGAGUGUUCACAGUGUACUUGAUCUCUGUGUCGGACCAUGCCAACCACCGAUGGUGGACCAUUCGGAAACGAUACACGGACUUUUACCGACUGCGCAAAGCGCUCAUUGCGGUUCCCAUGUCUGGUGGAUGCCACACAGGCGCCAUCCAGUCUUUGCUGCAGCUGCCGUUUCCAAAAAAACACUUGACGUCGAGCACGAACGCACGCGUUGCUUCAAGCUGUGGACACACCACCUCAUGGACUUGUUCCUUCGAAUGA